AUGUAUGCUCGAGCAGACCUGGAGGCUCGAAAGAUGUCCUUCUACCUCUACAACCCGAGCGACAAAGGAGUAAACCUCUUCAAUGCAGACAAGCCUGCCUUUGCAAUGACAUGGAACAACGAAAGGACGGAGUGGCGGCUUGUACAAGAGAGAUGCGAGAACUGCCAGUUUUCUCCAAAGCAUCUAACCUGCUCCUGCUACGGCAAGCAGCAGGUUGCUUGGAUUCGACAUCACCGCAAGCCUGUUGGCGAUGGCAUCUUCAACUGCAUGGAGAUUCAUGUGCCCGGUCUCUAUGCGGAUGGGGGCCGAGUUGUCUGGUGCCCCCUCCUUGGCAGAGGAGACCUCUCACAGCCAAUCGAUGACAGCCAUGAGGCUCAGAAACUCGUCACCAAGCAGCCGACUUGGAAUGAGGAGGUUGAAAGCCUCGUUCUGGACUUCAAGGGCCGUCAUAUUUCGUCAUCGGCAAAGAACUUCCAGCUUGCGCUGUCGCAAAAGCCAGACCAUGUUCUUUGCCAGUAUGGAAAGAUUGGACCGCAGACCUUUAGUCUCGACUUCAAGUACCCGUUGAGCGUCAUUCAAGCUUUUGGCACGUCAUUGACGACGCUCUUUUGGACAUGA